AUGGUGCCGCCGAUUCUAACGGGUACCUUUCAUUCAAAGUCGAUUGCUUCUCUCAGCAAGGCGAAAACAGAUCUCAUCGUGGAGAAGGAAUGUCAUGACACCGGUAUAGCUACAAAAGAUAGUGAAUACCUUGCUCUGAAGGCUGACUUUGACAAGCAGGAAGUGCGUCGCCAAGAGAGAAAGGUGCGCAUGUCAGCCAGUGCGGGAGCCAUUGUCAGACAGUGGGAACUCGUUCAAGAGUUUAAAAGAGGAAAAGGUGAUGGUUGGGACGUUAGAGAGGCGGAGGCCCAGUAUCGCGAGGUCUCAAUCGAGGAAGCCAAAAUUGAUGGAAAGACACCACCUGUGUUCCCUGAGACGUUCACAGGCUUUAGUGCUGGCGCUCUCGUGAAUGACAUCCUCGACGACGAUGAUGCCGUAGACAACGACACUAAUGCCCCUGGUACCAACUAGUGAGGUCUCGGUCGGUUGGUUGUCCUUAUCUUUUGAGGAGUUCAUUAACUCUUUCUCUCAAUGCUUUCUCUCGAACUUAUUUAUGGAACUUCUAUGUUUCCUUAUUUCCUUGCUAAAUCAUAAAACAUUUUCGGAUGGUGCGAUACUUGUUGGUGCUUUGUUUUCACCUUUAGCCAUUGUUCA